CGAGCUGUGGUUCCUUGCCUACCUGGAUAACUCAUAGAUAAGUCAUAGAUCUAACCCAAAAUGACAGAGAUAAGCACUAAGAUUAGUGGGUCAGCAGUGAGGUAUGGUGCCUCAUAUGGAGGGAACAAGGUGUUUGGAAGCAGGAGUGGUGGAGCGUUUGGGGUCUCAAGAGCGCUCGGGGCUGGAGUGGGUUCAGGGUCUGGAUUUGGUGUCAGAGUGGGUCUUGGAGGUAGUUAUGGAGGGGGAUCAGGCAUAGGAGUUGGAGGUGGUUAUGGGGGGGGUUUAGCUGGGUUGAGCGGAGGUUAUGGAGGUGGGUUAGGGUUAGGGCUUGGAGGAGGUUAUGGAGGUGGACUAGGCAGUGGUCUCAGCCUAGGUUUCGGUGGUGCAGGUUAUGGGCUGGGUUUGGGGGCAGGAGGGUUAGGUUUGGGAGCUGCAGGGGGAGUGAGUGGCAGAAUUGCAAGCUUGAGGGCUGCAGCUGCCCCACUGAGGGCUCGUUUGGGGGGGCGUAGUUUUAAGAUCGGAGGCUAUGGCUUCAGCCCUUCCUUUUUUGGUACCACAAGAAUGACAGAGGAAGAAAUUUUGGAAAUGCCUUCUAUCGAUCCCUCUUUGCCCUCUGUGGAUGCUGUCCAAGUUACCCGCCUAAAGGAAAAAGAAGAACUGCAGUCCUUGAACAAUAAAUUUGCAUCCUUCAUAGAUAAGGUCAGAAACCUGGAACAACAGAAUGCUAUCCUGAGGGCUCAGAUCUCCAUGUUCACAAACCCAGACCAGGGUGGACCAGGCAACACCACAGUGAUCAUGACCUCAGCAAUCGGUGCCUACAAAGCACAGGUCGAUAGCCUGACCACCACCAAAGAGGCAAUGGUGGCAGAAAUUACUCACUUUAAUGGAGUUAUUGAGGAGAUCCAGGCUAAGUAUGAAGCAGAGACAACAAAUACGAAGUCACUGGAGCUGGAAUGGACCACACUGAAAGAGGAGGUGGACAACUUAUACUUGACCAUUUUUGAACUGCAAACCAGCAUAUCUAGUAUUGAAGAUCAGAUCAUCUUUUCCAAGCAGAUUUAUGAAGCUAAAGUAAAGGAGGUGAGAAGCAUCUUAAGUGGUGGGGUGAAAGCAGCUUUCUCCAUUUCGGUUGACAACGCAGCCCAGGCUUUGGACCUGACCACAGCAUUGAGUGAUGUGAAGUCCCAUUACGAGGCCCUGGCCAUGAGAAGCAAGCAUGAGUCCUUAUCCGCGGCCCAGACCAAGAUCUCCAUGGCGUCGGGUGCUUCACAGCCCAAUAUCCAGGCCCUGACCUCAACAAAAGAGGAACUCAGACUUUAUAAACUCCAGAUUGAUUCUAUCGCCAGAGAGAUUGAGCGACUGAAAGCACUGAACAUGCAGCUGGAAUCCCAAGUAACAGAGUCUGAAUCCAGUUCAAGCAGCUGUACCGAACAGUACCAGGAACAAGUUGUCACACUCAAAUCACAGCUGGACGACCUCAGAAAGCAAAUUGCCCAUUAUGGCCAAGAAUACCAAGAACUGUUGGCAAGCAAGAUGGCAUUGGAUGUGGAGAUCACAGCAUACAGGAAGCUUUUGGACAGUGAAGAGACUAGGCUGAGCUCAGGAGGUGGGAUCACCGUUCACAUGUCCAAGAGUGCGGUAGGAGGAGGAGGAGCUGGAGCUGGCCUUGAUCUGGGAGGUGCUGGUGGAGGCUAUGGCCUUGGUGGAGGUCUUGCUCUGGGAGGUGCUGGCGGAGGCUAUGGCCUUGGUGGAGGUCUUGCUCUGGGAGGUGCUGGCGGAGGCUAUGGUCUUGGAGGAGGUCUUGCUCUGGGAGGUGCUGGCGGAGGCUAUGGUCUUGGAGGAGGUGGAGGUCUGGCCGUUGGAGGGGGUUUGGGAUCUGGGUUUGGCCUCAGCCUUGGCGGUGCUUCUCUUGGAAUCAGCAGCGGUGGUGGUGGCGGUGGCAGCAGCAGCUAUCGUUUGUCAUCAAGUCUCAAUUCCAGUUCAGCUUCCACCUACUAAAAAAUGCCAGAGGGAAACAUAUUCCAGCCACCGACAACUUAAGGGAUCUUCUGAGGCAUCUUUCUUUACUCUAACUUGUGACAAUACUGAUCCUGUGCAUAAAUGUCAAACAGGAUAAUGGAUUAAAUGGAAAAUGAUCUUCCUUGGGGGCUUUCUGCCACACAGUGUUGUUUACUGUGUGCCUGGUAACCUGUAGCCAUUCAUCUUAAUAAUGGCAAGCUACUUUGAUGCUGAAUUCUCAUCCAUUUUAUGCAUUUCAAGUAAAGUGGUUGUUCUACCUGCGCUUGCUCCCCAAAUAAAAAGCUAAUCCAUCAGCUGGUUUCAAGAACAGCAGCUCAUUAAUGAUAACGGAUAGUGGCUGAACUCAGUGAGUAAAUCGUCUUGCUUUAAAAAUAGUAAUCCUCUGUUUUAAAGAUCCACAUUACAAUACUAAGUUCAGUCUAGUUCAUGAAGCAAAACAAUAUAAAUCCUCUUACAUGGGCAAUGUACAAUGGCUGCAGCCUUUAAGCUCUUUUUUUAAAAAUCUAUCCCAGCAGGGGGAA